GAGUUGUAUUUCGUUGGUUGAGACUUUGAUUGAGCCGAAUAUGGUGGACCAAGGAGGGGAGAGAGAGAGAGAGAGAGAGGGCUCCAAUCAAGGAAGAGAUAGAUAAAUACAAACGUUUUCAUCGACCCCAUUUGAUGAAUGAAUCGUUUUUUUCUCAAGGAAAAGAAAGAAAUUCUCGGCAGAACUGGAGGUGGACCUUUGCAAAUCCACAGUCCACACCCACUUUUUAUUCUCUCUUCUUCUUCGCUGUGACUACCCUUUUCUUCGAGCUUUCUUGUGCUUUACUACUAAUAUUAUCUCCACCACACGUCUUUAGGGAAGACCUUUGAGUACCCAUUUGCGUGAAAAGAAGAAAAAAGGCGGUCAGAGGACUGGAGCUCAUCUGCUUCUGCGGGGCGUUUCUCUUCAUCCGGAUAAAGGCACUUAAAGAUAUGGGUUCUGGGGACUGGUUCAAGUCUAUAAUCAACCUGAAGAAAGUGAAGAACAAUGGUUCAAAGCAAUCGAAGCGCGGAAAACAGGCAUCUUCAUCUCCUGGGAAGUCAAAUUCCUUCAAGUGGAAGAGCCACUCAAAUAAAGAGUCUACAACUUUGGAAAAUGGUGCUACUGCUGGAAAAAGUUCUCUUGGCAUGCUCCUUGAGGAUAGAGCCGCACUGCGAAUUCAAACAGCAUUCCGGGCAUAUAUGGCAAGGAAAGUGUUACGGCGUUUGAAAGGGAUAGUAAGAUUGCAGAUCCUGACACAAAACUUUUCGGUCAAAAAGCAAGCAAUGACAACAUUGGGGUAUCUUCAUUCCUGGAGCAAAAUACAGUCCCAGGUCAGAGAUCGCCGUCUUUGUAUGGUGACAGAAGGGCGGAUAAAACAGAAGAAGUUGGAGAACCAGAUGAAACUCGAGGCUAAACUCCAUGAUCUUGAGGUCGACUGGUGCGGUGGCUCUGAAACCAUGGAAGAAAUUCUUGCAAGGAUACAUCUGAGAGAAGAAGCAGCAGUUAAACGCGAACGAGCCAUGGCAUAUGCCUUUAACCAUCAGUGGAGGGCCAGCUCCAACACCAAUGGUGUGAAGAAUAGUGAACUCGGAAAAGCAAGUUGGGGGUGGAGCUGGAUGGAGCGAUGGAUCGCUGCUCGCCCGUGGGAAAGCCGAGUACCUACUCAGACCGUUAGCCCGAAGAAACCACUCAACAAGCAGGGAAGUAAUGUCGCUAAAAGCUUGAACCAGCAAACGCCAAAGGCCGUGGCUUCACCGAAACCUCCUCCGUCCUCCAACGGGAAGGCAACUACGAAGGCGAGGAGACUGUCUUACCCAGCAGCCGAAAAGCCUGCCAGUCUGCUCUCAGAAAGUAAAUCUGAGGAAGCAAACACUAAGAAAGAAUCGACGGUUGCUUAACAAGAAGAUGAUGGGUGGUGCUGAUUUUCUUUUCCAUCCUUUGAGUUGCAAAGACGGCGAGGGAAAUGCUUUUGGUUUGUCAUUCAUUGUUCCUGAAAUUAUGUGUAUAGCUUUUGCUUGAAAAUUCUGUUGGUUUGAGGUGAAAAGACUGGCGGAAUAGACUGGCGGGAUGCAUAAUCUUGUCUGCUCAUUUAUUUGUUUUUCUCUUCUAUAAAUGAUGUGAUUUAUAUUGUAUUUAUGCUGUAUAUAGAUAGUAUCUUGAUCCAUUUGUGGAAA